UAUUCCUUAGACUGCAUCUUAAACCCAAAGAACACGAAACAGAAACAGAAACAAAAGGAAGAAAGCGAAGAAAGAAAACAAAAAGAAUGGCAACCAUAACUGGUGUGAGUCUUUCAAGCCCCAGGGUUUUGUUCAACGCAUCUGGCUCACUGAAAAAUGCGCACGCCAUAAAAUUCGCACUUCCACCGCGCCAACCUAUGCGACCGGGUGGUGUCCAGAUGGGUCGGGUGCUGAGGAUCCAACCCGUUCGCGCCGCGCCCGAUAAGAUAUCGGAGAAGGUGGUGGAGAGCAUAAAGCAGGCGCAGGAAACGUGCGCCGACGAUCCGACGAGCGGCGAGUGCGUGGCGGCGUGGGACGAGGUGGAGGAGCUGAGCGCGGCGGCGAGCCACGCGAAGCAAAAGGAAAAGGAUUCAGACCCUCUGGAGACCUACUGCAAGGACAACCCGGAGACCAGAGAGUGCAAAACCUUCGAUGAAUGAGUCUGCAACAUAAAUGGGAGUGCACGAUGGUAUUGCCUGUGUCAAGUAAAACUAUUGCCUUACACAACAUAUCAAUUCUGAAAAGCUGUGUUAAUGUUUAUUUACCAUAAUUCAUAGCAUAUCAUCGACACUCAUCGUACUUUCAUGGUUACUUAUGUUAAAUCAAAGCCUUAUGCACUCUUUUUUUUUUUGUAUGUGUUGUGAUGCCUGAAGAACAUGUUAUUGCUAGUUAGAGUUAGUAGCUACAUGAGGUUGGAUCAAAUCAUCGAAUUCACGAAAUAGAUAUCGAUUGCGUGAGUGAGACUGAA